UCAAAAGGGCAUUCAUUUUCAAAGCUCGAACUUUGAGAGCAUUAUGUACCACGUGCAAGUACCCAUCGACGGGGACAAUGAAGAAACUAACUGGAGAUUGAACUGUAAUCAAAAGUUAACAAAAUUGAUGGAACACCGCCACUUCUCAGCCACCGAAGAUAACCCUUCUAAUUGCCAUCAUCCACCUGCUGGUCAACAACUACAUUUGAGCGCAGAAACCUUUGUUUCUUUGGAAUUGUACGAGGCUGUCAGAAACGGAAACCCAAACUCAUUUGUACAAAUUCUAGAGAAGGUCUCUACGGAGAAGAAGUUGCCAUUACCUGCAAUUCUUGACGAAGUAACUCGUGCGGGUAGUUCGUUGCUUCACGUGGCAGCGCAUUUCGGGAGAGAAAGAAUAGCGGAAUUGAUUUGUCAACACUUCCCAGAGAUUCUCACAAAGCAAGACAUCAAAGGCGAUACCGCACUUCAUGUUGCAAUCAGAGCUAAGAAUAAUAAUCUCGAGGUAAUUAAGAUCAUUGUUGAUACAUAUCUCAUUGAUGAGGAGCUGCAACAACAGCUAGUACGGAUAAAGAAUGAACAUGGGAACACAGCGCUGCAUGAGGCUGUGAUUUGCAAUCACUUUGAUGCAGUUGAAUGCAUUUUCGGUGCAGAUCAAAUAGUUGCUCAUUGUUUAAACAAGUUAGGAUUAUCUCCUUUGUAUUUGACUGUUCUCACGGCUUCGGAUAAGAAAAUACUCACACUGCUAUUAAAAGCUCCGUUCGAGAAGGAUAAGCUACUGCCAGCAUUUCGUGGCAACUCUCCUCUUCAUGCUGCCAUUUUGAAAAGAAAUUCAGGUUUAAUUGAAUACAUACUGGAGAAAAGACCAGAGCUAAUCCAUUUAAGAGAUGAAAAAGGAAGUACUCCCCUUCAUUAUGCAGCAUCCAUUGACUAUCUUAAAGGUGUCCAAAUAUUGUUAAGGAAAAGUACAUCAUCAAAUGCUCUAGCAUGGAACAAAAAGGGUCACCUUCCAAUUCAUGUUGCUUGCAAAAAGGGUCAUGUUGACAUAGUCAAAGAAUUGCUCCAGCUAGAAUGGCCCACGUCAAUGGACAUGUUCAGCAAGAAAGGUCAAAAUAUUCUUCAUGUUGCUGCAAAGAAUGGACAAGACAACGUGGUGAGGUUCAUACUUAAAGAGAAGAAACUACUAUUUGAGAAACACUUGGUUAACGAGAGAGAUAGAAAUGGAAACACUGCAUUGCAUUUGGCUGCAAAGCACUUGUACCCUCAGGUUCUUCUCUCCCUCACACGAGAUAAAAGAGUUGAUAUGCAAAUCAUGAACAACCAAGGUUUAACUGCUCAAGAUAUUGUUCUAGUUCGGAGCAAAGCUCCACUGAAACAUAGAGAGUAUUUAUCUCUGAUGAUUUUAUAUUCUGCCGGAGUACCACAAAGUGAGACGGCAAGAAGCAUGUUGCGUCGCCGCAAAGAGCCACCAAAAAUAGAUUGGAUCAAAGACAGAAUCAACACACUUAUGCUGGUGGCCAUUCUUAUAGCCACAGUCACAUUCGCAGCUGGUUUUGCCUUACCAGGCAGUGUCUACAGUUCCGACGAUCCAGACCCAAACCAAAGAGGCAUGGCAGUUUUGGUUCAUAAACCAAUGUUUCAAGUGUUCUCAGUGUGCAACACGGUGGCAAUGUACAGUUCUACCCUUGGCUCUUUUGUUCUCUUGUGGGCCCAACUUGGUGACUUUCAUUUAGCAGGAAGUGCGUAUAAUUUCGCUUUGCACAUGGUUGCUGUGGCUCUUGUAACUACCUCAACGGCUUUUAUGGCAGCUGUGCGUUUAGUUGUGAGCAACGUGCCCUGGCUUGCCAAUGUCAUAACCGUAAUUGGAAGCAUCUUUCUGUUAUUGAUCGUUUUUUUCUAUGUUUUGUUGAUAUUCCCGUUAGGAACUCGUCAUCCAGUAAUGAGACAUGUGGCUAUCAUUCUUAUUAGGAUUCUUAUUCCGUUUGCGGGAACUUACGAUAAAGUGAUAGCUAAGGAGCAUGAUUCAAACUCUAUGCAAGUAGUGAACAAGGCCAAGCAACAAGAGUUGGUGUCUGAUUAAAUCUCUUGCCUUGAGGAUCAAUAAGCCAUUCAGUUGUGGAAUUUUUCCAAGAUUAUGAAUUAUAAUAACGCUCCAUUGGCUUGGUUAGUUGGCAUUGAUAACAGUUUUAUAUCAUUUGCUUGGAUCGUCAUCUACUUGGGCUUGAUGAACUUGAUUAGAUUUGGCUUUAUUUAUUGGUGCCUCUCUAGUUUACCCCUUUUUUUUUUUUUCAUUUUUUUAAAUAAAGUAAUGUCUAAUUUGGUCUCUAUAAUUCUAAACAGGAAUCAA